AUGGCGCCCUCCAAACCACUAUCCCGGCGCAUGCAAAAGCAAGGGCCACCCGAACCACUGAACGAAGGCUUCUUCGGCAAGAAGAGAAAGUCUGCGGCUCCUACGAAUGGAGCUAUCAAGAAGCAGAAGAAGGGCGGGAAUGCGCCAGCGGUGAAGGCAGUGGCGAACGGAGGACCGAAGCACGCUGCAAACUCGGCUGGCAAGAAGAGCACCAAGGGCGACUUCAAGACGCAGCAGAAGAUCGCCAAGCAGCCGUUGUCGUUGGAGGAAGAUGAGGACGACGUCUCCGAUCUGAGUGGCGAUGCUAUUGACGAUGCAGACGUCAUGGAAGAUGGGCUGAGUGGUCUGGCAGGCGCUGAUUUAGACGACGCACUGGACAGCGAUGCCGAGGAUUUCGCGGACGCACCGUCGGAUCUGGAGGAGGAAGACUUGCUGGACGAGGACCAGGAUGUCGUGCAGAAGGGUGUAUGGUCCGAGGAUGAUGAUUCCGAUGGUGAGGAAGCAUUGACAGCGGCGAAUAUUGCAGGCCUGUCGCAAAAAUUAGAUGCACGACGAGCGGAGGAGGAAGAGGAUGCCGAGCAAGAACUGGCGGACGAUGCGCUGCAGACCAACAUUGCUCCUGCAGACUUGGACCUGAGCGAUGACGAAGCUGGAAAGACGAGUAGCCUGGCGCCCGAUCUACAGCUAUUGCGAACUCGGAUCACUGAGGCUGUGCGAGUGCUCAGCAACUUCAAGGAGCUCCGCGACCCUACUCGCAGUCGUGCCGACUACACACAAGCCGUUCUGAAAGACAUUGUUGCGUAUUACGGCUAUUCUCCAUUCCUUGCCGAGAAGCUCUUUGGCCUGUUUACUCCACAAGAAGCCCUGGCUUUCUUUGAUGCCAACGAGACGCCUCGUCCGAUGGUCCUGCGUACGAACACACUACGAACACAUCGACGUGACUUGGCUCACGUUUUGAUCAACCGUGGUGUUAGUCUCGAACCUGUUGGGAAAUGGUCAAAAGUCGGCCUGCAGAUCUUUGAGUCUCAGGUCCCUCUUGGUGCCACGCCAGAGUACUUGGCUGGGCACUACAUCCUGCAAGCCGCCUCCUCCUUCUUGCCUGUUAUGGCAUUAGCACCACAAGAGCACGAACGGGUGCUCGACAUGGCUGCUGCUCCCGGUGGCAAGACCACACACAUGGCGGCUCUUAUGAAAAAUACUGGCUGCAUAUUCGCCAACGACGCAAGCAAAGAUCGUGCCAAAGGUCUCAUAGGCAACAUCCACCGUCUAGGCGUGAAGAACACCAUCGUCUGCAACUACUCCGCCCAAGAGUUUCCACGUGUAAUGGGAGGCUUCGAUCGCGUACUCCUCGACGCACCCUGCUCAGGAACAGGUGUUAUCGCGAAAGAUCCUAGCGUCAAGACAAACAAGACGCCCGACGACUUCUUGAGGCUACCUCAUCUCCAAAAGCAACUUCUGCUCUCCGCCAUCGACUCAGUAGACCACGCAAGUAAGACCGGAGGCUACAUAGUCUACUCCACUUGCUCCGUCACCGUCGAAGAGAACGAGCAAGUGGUACAGUACGCGCUCAACCAACGGCCCAACGUCCGACUAGUCUCUACGGGUCUCGUCUUCGGCAAAGAAGGUUUCACAAGGUACCAAUCCAAGCGCUUUCACCCUAGCCUGAAGGAGACGAGGAGAUACUACCCUCACGCCUUCAACGUGGACGGAUUCUUCGUAGCAAAGUUCAAGAAAUUCGGUCCGACAGGCGCCACGGCCGUUAAAGCGCAAGGCACGCCCGCGGAAGUGGCGAGGUUAGCAACGAAUUCCAAGGCGGAUGCUGAGGCUGAGGGUGUAGCUAAUGGAGAUCAUGAUGAGGUUCCAGAGAAUAGUGAUGAGGAGGUCGCUGAAGAGACGGAGUUUGGUGGGUUCGAUGAGGAUGAGGAUCAGGUGUAUAUCGAAAGGAGUUUGAAGAAGACUAUGAGGAGGAAGGGGAUUGAUUUUAGGGCGACGAAGAGUAAGGCUGUGAAGGCUCUUCAUCCGGAGAGGGUAACGAAUGGAGAGACGGUGAAGGUGAACGGGGUGGUGGAAAAGGCUACUGAGGAUGAUGUGAAGGUGAAUGGGAAGAAGGUGGUGGUGGACGGCUCGUCCAAGGUCAAUGAGGCCAAGAAGGAAAAGAAGAAGAGUGCGAAGAAGGCCGUAUAA